UCGCCAUCGCACGGUUGAGCGGGAGAAAGAGAGAGAGAGAGAUAGAGAGAGAGAGCGAAAGAGAGGGCGAUAGAGAGAGGAGUGACGGGAAACGUGACCGAGCUUUACUGAGAAAGGGUUCUGCCCCUCGGCGGCAUACCCCCCGAAGUCUACCCCCUUUUGGGGCGUAAGGUGUGAAUUAGGCAUCCCGGAUUAGGCCUAAGAAUCUCCGACAGGCCCAACGAUGCUAUGAAGGGGAGGUUCUAAUGAUAUCGGUUCUGUCGAGUUACCUGCAUUGAAAAGAAAGCAAAAAAGAAGUUCCGUCGACAAAAAAAAAAAAAAAGAGAAAGUGUUAGACAAGUAUGAUACGUGAAUGGUUCGUAGCUUAUGAUCGGUAAUUGGGUUGAGAGUAAGAUAGUUCGGCCACGGAGGUUCACGCUGAGGUGGAGGUAAAUGGAGAUGACGGAGCCAAGAGUCUGCCCUCGCAGAAACAUGGCAGGGCCAAGAAAAGGGCAGCGGGGAAGGGAUCUUUGACACCUCCUAAACUCGUUCUCCCACGUUCUGGUGCGGAACCGGUAGCAAUGACUCAGGAUGGCUCGGCGCUGGACGGAGGAGGAGCUCAGGCAGUCGUCAUCUGCGAAGACAAAGCGACGAGCACAGACGACGAGCUUCUCGUGUCUCCUACUCGCGGUGACCUCCCAGUUUCCCGAUCGCAACCCAAGACUGUUACCGGUACAUUGCUCAAGCCGCGCAGAUUUGGGGCCGAUUUGGUCGGGCUCGAACGACCUCCGGAUCGCCCCCACAGCGCGAGGGGUGGGCGAUACCUUCGCCAUCAGGAAUCUCUUAGCAGCAACAGCGACGUCUCACGACCGCACCGUCAGUCCAAACUCCGUCGGCAACGCACAACAGAAUCCUACGACGCCGAUCACUCUAAGAGACCCAAACCUCGCGGGGAGCUUAGGCGGCAGUGGACUACCGAUUCCUCCGAUUCGGGUUACUCCAAGCGGUACUCUCGUGAGCUCCUCCGUCGCCAGGAUACCGAAGAGUCCGCCGGGUCAACGAAAAGGUUGAUACGGGAGCUGCAAAGGCAGCCCACAACGGAGUCCUCUUCGUCCCUGAGACUAACACGCCAGUCCUCCUUGCACAGCGGCUCCGAUAACCAGAGCCUGUGUCUCCUGCGUCAGUCAACCGUGGAAACUUACGACGACAACUCAACGACGGAUUUCUCACGACCUCAGUCUUGUAACAGCGGUCGGAACACCAGUAUGGGAGGUACCAUCGUGGACUUCCCAUCAAACGCCUUUUCCCCUGACGCCGCCCAUCCAUCCUCUGUUACCACUGACCAGACCGUCCUGAAAGAGUACCCGAAGGAUGCGGGUCCCCCUUACGAGUGCAAGACUGAAGACAUGGUCUAUGGUUACGACUACAACUUAACCAUUCCAGCCACGAUAAACGCGCCUCUGCUCUCCACGAAUUCCUAUUCACUAAUAAACCUCAGUGCUGUCGAACUGGAAGCGGCGGAGCUCCACGAGAUGCACAUGAAGCUUCGGGCUCUCGGUCCAGAGCCCAAGAAGAAGAAGAAGAAGCAGCAGCAGCAGCAGCAGCGGGCUCUGGGAGAGAAGGGCGAACCCCGCCAGAGCAAGGAAGACGACGCUCUGCAGAAAGCGCGGGAGAGAGUCAGGAAGAGGAAAGCUGACGACGAGCUGCCAAAGAAGGUUCGGUGGUCCAUCAUGGCCACUGGACUCAUACUACUUCUCAUGUCUGUCAUAUUAGUGGGUGCCACGCUCAAAAUGGCGCCGCUUAUAGACGAAAUGGUGCGAAAGGAAAACGAGGAUAUUCUUCGGGAGCUUCAGGGAGUCUCUGCAAGCACCCUUGGGUUAAAUACAACCGUCCAACCCAGCGAAACGACGGAGGACCCGCAGACCUGAAUAAUUGGGAAGUCGGGAAGAAGGAGAAGAAGAAGAGAGAAGGACAGAGUCUCCGGCUCAAGUAACUCAAAUAAUUCAGAGGAUAUUUUCGUCGUCACUCAGCGCGGAAGAGUCGAUUCACGUCCGCUGAAAUCCAAAUGAAUAUUUCGUCCUGACUUUGGUUCUGUUCGUCACCCGAUGUUUACAUAUCACCCGUCAUCAUUUGAUAAGAGCUUACUCUAUCUAUCGGUUGAUUGUCAUAAACUUUCUGUGAAUCUUUUUUUUUUCUGAUUUUGAGAAGUCCUUGGAAAACGGGGAGCUGCUAAGAGUCUUUCCGCGAUGAAAUUUGUGAUUUUUUUUUUUUUUUCAGAGACUUGCCAGACAAUGUAUUUUGAAAUGGAACUGGCGUUUUGAAAGACUUUGUAGAAAAGUCACUGUGAGUGACGUCAUGGCCUCUCCGCAAGGUCACAUUGUGAUGUAUUUAAACUACGUAAUGAAAUAAGAACUAUUGUUGAUAUGAUAGUGUUGUUUAUAAACUUUUCAUGCAUAUAUAUAUAAUAUAUAUAUAAUGUAUCUAUCUAUACGAAAAUUCAUAUAUAUGUACAUAUAAUGUACGUUUGUAUUCCUGUAUAUACAGUAUACGUAUAUGCAUAUAAAUGAUCUAUACAUACAUGUAUAUGGGUAUGUUGAUCCAAAUGAACUUAAUAUUCAAGUAUGCUACUGCAUACAUAAUGUAUGCUCGUAUAUUUGCAUAAUGACAUGCAUUAAUAUAUACGGAUAUGUUAUAACACCUAUAUACAUGCAUAUAUGUGUAUAUAUGUAUUAAUGUGUGUAUUGUGUGUACAUAUACAUGUAUGUAUGUAUGUAUGAAUGUAUGCAUGUACGUAUGUAAAUAGUAAUGAAAUACUAAGAAUUUUGUAGAAUAAAGUGCGAAAGUUUGUUUGUUGUUGAGUGUAGAGAGAGUUGACAUAGAAAGAGAUGUAGAGUGGUACUAUUUGGAAUCAAACGGAGGAAGUCCCUUUGUAUCAGCGUUACGUGAAUCUAUAAUAAAUAUAUAAUACGUAGGGUGUACUGGGCUCGAGGUGUGGAUUCUGUAUAGAACAAUUUAGAACUGUAGUUUAUAUCUCGGAGGAUAGUCGGCGAUAUAGUUUGUACUACCUACCUAUGCUGUCUCUUCCAGUCUAAUCAAGACUUUGGUCUAACGCGGUCUGUCUACGCGCGGUGUGGCGCUAACGCGCUUUCUGACUUGCACUCGCCUUUUUGCCGGAAGUGUUCAAACAAGACACCAACGUACUUGUUUGUUUUGGUGCCAAAAAUGGAGUCCAUCCUUGAUAGUUUAAUAUGCUCUGCUCAGUCGCAAACACGGGUGGCAUCAAGACGCCCGCAUGUUAAUUCAGAAGACCAAUAGACCUAUAUCCUCCGAGCAUCGUUCGCCGUCAAGUGUCUACAAAAUAUGUCAGCAAACCUGCUGGUGCAACACCAUCAACUCAAGCUUCUUUGACCACUGUUGCUGGUGCUGCUGCUCGGUACCGAUUCUUUGAGUUUGACGGCGUUUGUUCAAAUGGUUCAAGGUAUCAAGAGCUGCGCCACUUAAAACAG